CAUCUAGAAUUAACUUGCUACGGAGUAAAUUUGUUUGUAUUGUACUCCCUCACUGCGGAAAAGAUUGUCCUGUAGUCAAACCUUGCAAACUUUGAUCAUCUAUAAAUAAUGAUUUAAAAUUGUCAAUUUAACAUUUAUACAACCAUUCUGUAAAUAUUUACAUAAAUGUAUAUUUUUAUUAUUACAUUGAAAAUUUGAAAUGUAAUAGCAAAUUUUUAUUUUGAGCACAAAUGUGUUCUCGGGAAACCCCCCAAAAUGAAAGGGACACACAUUUCUGGAAUGAGAGAGAAAUUGAAGAUUAGUGUAGCUAAUUGCACUUAGCAGGCUAAGAUUUGUUAUGUAGUAGUCAUAGUGCCGUGAUUAGAUUACUUUAUGCCUUGAGUUUAAAACUUUGUAAUCAAGUAAUGGUAUUUGGCCCACUACACUUCUGUUAUAUUAUUAUGGUGGAAUUAACUGUAGGUAUUAUUAUAUUGUCAGUGAGCGUUUUUUAAUUCAAUGUCAUUAGCUAAUAGAUUUCUUUACAUAAGAAAACAAAAACUAUACCUUUCUAUAUUAGGAGCUUAUUGGUCGGUGCUUGGUCCACUGGCUUUCUCGACACAUUAGUUAAGGGGUUAGUUAUUUUUAUUGUUUAGAAUAUUUGCUGGUGCACUUGGUUAUUUUACGAAUUUCUAUAUCCAGUGGUACUAAAAUAUAUCAAUAGUUUUAUUACCGACCAAGUUGCUUUCAGGUAAACAAACUAUCAGGGAAUUCAUAUCAGGGGGGAUUAAGAUUAAUCGUCAUUUCAUUAAACAACUCUUGUACCGUACGCGUAAACUUUGAUGAGCAAUUACAGUAUCAUUCUGAUGAUGCAGUUUUCUGCUUUUAGCACCAGUAAGAAGAAGUAUCAUAACCUGCACACCUGAAUAGAGGAUUCAGGAAAUGGUACCUUUUCUCGAAGUCCAAGCUAGAUCUUUGAGAAAAUAAUGACUGACCUAAACUAGGCGGCUAGGCGCAAGGAAGUUUAGUCUGCCCACCUGUAAGAUAACACCCUGUUCUGUUCUGAAUACUGGUGUUGAGGGACUGGGGACCAGAACCUUUUGUACUGUACCUCUUGUUGCCUUGUUUGUAAUUGAAGUCAUGUUGGUCAAGUAAUUUGGUGUGCUUGUUUCACCUGCGUUACGUUAUAUAUGAAUCUGCGUUACCUUAUUACUUUUAUGCAUGAUAUCUAGCAGUCUAGCUCUGAAGCAAGACACUAAUUCUCCUGGUCGUCAUGUUGAUUAUGAUACAGUUCCACUCAGUGAUAUUAUGACUAGACCAAUUUGAAAAUGAUUUUCGAAAGGGUAAAUAGUUCAGUUACACUUAGCUAAGUGUAAGUGUGUAACUAAAGUCUUCUCCCUAAUGUGCUAUGUCUGGAGUUGGAGCUUAGAGAUUGAUUAGUAAUUCGAAUGAAUUUUAUUACAAGGUGCUGCUUGUUAAUAUGUUUUAAUAGUACGUAGUGGCUUGUGUUAUUACGUUGUUAGGUAAAGAGUUAGAAUUGUCUUGAAAAAAGCAGGAAGUACAUGAAAACUAGGCUUAUCUGCACAUUUCAUAACAUAUUUUCUUGAGAUGAAAUAAAGUGUCCUGCAGGAUCUCUAGUAAGGAAAUCACGAUUCUUGAGAAGUAUGGAAUUGCAUGGAACCCAAUAAAGGCCACUUGUAGCAUAGGGAUUAAAAAGGAUUUUUAUGAGACUUGAUUUAAAUGUUUUCUAGAUGUGUCAAUUUAGAAGAAAAACGCGUUACUGUACGUUCUUUAAUAAUCAUGUUUUUAUGAUGGGAAAAACAAGGAAAUGAGGGCUUUUCUAUUCUUAUCGGUUUAUUUUGUAAAAGAACGUUUUAUGCUCCCAUGUAGUCUAAAAUAUGUAGCUUAAAUCUAACAGAUAAACAGUGUUAAUGUUAGGAGGGAUGCUAUGCUGAUAUGAUGAGCACAAUAGUAAGUCUUCAGGAGGAAAGAUAAAAAGGUGCUUAGUAUUUUAUAGCUACUAGCUAAUAUCAUAAGUGAAAGAUAUAUUUUGGACGGUUGGGCCACAUGAAUGUUGGUUAGUGGCUGUUAAUAAUGCAUUAGAGUCAAAAGAUUAGGAAAAUAAUCAUGCUUAAAUUUGGCCGUUACUUUUCAGACCCUUCUUUUGGCAGAUGACACUUUUCAAUUUACAAAAGAGGAGUUAUUACCACCCUAUCUAUUUAUAUCUUAUACUAAUAUAUUUAAAAGUGUUUGCGAACAAAUUCAUUUGUCGUGUGGACUAUGUCAUAUGUCAUACAUGACACUUUAUUCUUUCAAAACAAAGUACUACAUUUUUAAUUAAGUGACAGUAGAAGAAGGAAAAAUUGAUAGAAAAAAGAUUCAGUAAUGUUUUACAUGCACGAGGGAAUAAUUUCCAUCUGUGUAAUAAACCUUGUGCAAAUUCUCUUUAUGAAAUGAAUAUUCUAGGAAUUUCACGCUAGUGCUCUAGUGACCCUUAAUUAUUAAGAUUAUCAUUAUCUCCCCUUUAAUUUAUAUCCUAGUACUUCAACAAUCAUGUUAUAUAUAUAUAUAUAUCCCACUUGUAGCCUGCAAAUUAUUUUAUGCAUUCUGCAAGCAUGGUCACAGCAGAGAUGAGAGAUAUGCUUCCUCUGAGGAUAACUUCCUUAGCAAUGUUUUUCUCUCUGACAUGGCUUUUGUUUGGUUUUCCAUGUCUAGUGUGCGCAUCAUUCCUGCAGUCAUAUCCAGCCACCAUGUUCACUGCUGCGAAUACAACACUGCCUGGUUGCCCAAGUAGGUGUGGUAACUUAACAAUCCCCUACCCUUUUGGUGUUGGGAGAGGCUGCUCUUUUGGGGAUCACUUUGUUAUAGCCUGCGACCUCGAAAACAAUUCCUCUGUGCCUAGACUUUCCGGUAAACAAGUUCUUGAUAUAUCAGAGACCCAGUUGGUAACUACAGCUCGCCCUGUUGCUACCGCUUGCAACUCUGUAGGAACAGGGUCAGGUGAAGAUAUUACCUGGUAUAACGUUAAUUUCACAUCCCAACCUUAUGCUGUGUCAUCCACCGCCAACAAGUUUGUGGUCACUGGUUGCCAUCGCUUUGGAUAUAUCGAGGCACAAACAAUUGUUGGUAGGGAAGUUGCUAGCUGUGUUGCCUUGUGUACUAGUAAAGAGGAUUUACUUGAUGAGAUGUGCUCUGGCAUUGGCUGCUGCGAAGCUCCCAUUCCAAAGGGAUUACAGUUCUGGAAUACUGCACUACAAAAAAUAAAUUACACUACAAGUGUUUCAUCAGGGAAUUGCAGCUAUGCCUUUAUACUUGAGAAAUCAAGCUUUAACAUCCGAGGGUCUCCUGAUGCUGUACGUCUUAAAAAUGUUCCCAUAGUGCUGGACUGGUUUGUUCCCAAUCAGUUGUGCAAAGAUGCUCAGCAAAACUCAGCUACAUAUGCAUGCCAACAGAAUACAACUUGUGUUGAUCUUGAUAAGGUUCUGAGUGUCAUAGGAUAUCGAUGUAAGUGUCUUCAUGGGUAUGAGGGUAAUCCUUAUCUUAGCCCUGGUUGUACAGAUAUUGAUCAGUGUGCAGGGGGAAACACUCCAUGUUCUGGUACUUGUGUCAAUACUCCAGGAAGCUAUGAAUGUUACUGCCCAAUUGGUUACUAUGGUGAUGGCAGGAAAGAUGGAACUGGUUGUCGUGCGAGUAGCUUGAAGUUGGUCUUAGGUCUAGGACUUGGCUUGGGUUUGGGAACUAUACUUUUCUUGCUUAGUGGGUUUUGGCUUUUCAUUGUCGCUAGAAGAAGAAGAGAGCGAAUUGUAAGAGCUAAAAACUUCAAGCAAAAUGGUGGUUUGUUGUUACAGCAGCAAAUGUCAUCUAAGGAUGGUAUGAUAGAAAAAACAAGAAUUUUCGCUGCUGAUGAGCUGGAGAAAGCUACUGAUGAUUUCAACGAAGACAGAGUGCUCGGUCAGGGCGGUCAAGGCACAGUUUAUAAAGGCAUGUUGAGUGAUGGAAAUAUUGUUGCAAUAAAGAAAUCCAAGAUAGGAGGACAGAGCCAGUUAGGUCCAUUUAUAAAUGAGGUGGUCAUACUUUCUCAAAUCAACCAUAGAAAUAUAGUCAAGUUAUUAGGAUGUUGUUUGGAAACACAAGUUCCUCUGCUUGUCUAUGAAUUUGUUCCGAAUGGGACUCUUUCAAAGUAUAUCCAUGACCCUGGUGAAGAUUUCCCGGUUGCAUGGGAAAUGCGGUUGCACAUUGCUAUAGACAUAGCAGGAGCUCUUUCUUACCUGCACUCUGCAUCCUCUAAACCUAUUUUCCAUAGGGACAUCAAAACCACUAAUAUACUUCUUGAUGCAAAAUAUAGAGCUAAAUUAUCAGAUUUUGGAACAUCAAGGUUUGUUGCUAUUGAUAAAACUCACUUGACCACUUCUGUUCAAGGCACGUUUGGUUAUCUAGAUCCUGAAUACUUUCGGUCACACCAAUUCACUGAAAAGAGUGAUGUUUACAGCUUUGGAGUAGUUCUUGUUGAGCUUUUGACAGGACAGAAGGCAGUUCGACUUACUGACUCUCCUGAUGGUCAAAGUCUGGUGUUGUGGUUUCUGUCAGCUAUGGAAAGUUUGGACUUGUUUGAUAUACUGGCACCUCGAGUUGCGAAAGAGGGUAGGAAGGAAAGCAUUCGUGCUACUGCUAAUCUUGCUAAGCAGUGUUUGAACAUGGAUGGGAAACAAAGGCCAACAAUGCGAGAAGUCGCAUUACAGUUGGAGUUCAUCAGUCAGUUGGAAGAUAUGUCUUUUUUACAUCGACAGGAUACGGCAGAGAUCAAUGAGCAGAAAUUCACAGAAAUCGAAGUGAGUGCAAGUGACAGUCUAAUGCCUCCAUGUGCAUCUUACACAGAUGAAGAUUGCUCUUUAUCUUCAAGUGGAUCUGUGACUAUCAGUUCUUACUAUCCACACUUCUUGUUCAAAAAAAAGUCUAAAUAACACCAAUUGAUUUGUUAUGACUCUGAUCUUAUAACUUAGAAACUGCUGGGCUCAUAUUGCUUGUCAUCAUUGGAAACUGCUCUGUAUUCAGCAGCUAAAUGGGUUAAGGCUUGAUUGCUCCUUGUGGUUCGGGCAUGUAUUUGAUGGUUUAGUAUCCAUUUGCUUUGUUGGGUUGAUCUUGUUUUACGUUUCUACCCCUGUCGAACUAACAAGAGAAUGCCAUUGUUUUGCGCAUGGAGGAGGUGAUACCAUAAAUCUCGGGCUGAGAUAAACCGGAGAAACUUGGACGUGAAAGUAAUUCUUAUGUUUAUAUUUUAUCCGGAUCCAAUGUUGCAAAUACCUGAAUUCUUGUCUCUCAUGAUGCAACAAUCGUAUUCUCUUUCUGCAUAAGACGGGAAUAAGAAUUGAGUGUGACGGGAUAGUCUCUCAUUCUGUAAAACUUGAUGAUUUGUGUUUCAUCACUUCGUGCUACUUGCUUUUAUUUGUAAGGUUUAGUGACGAAGUUUGAGGUUGGUUACUUCAUAUGGCUCUCUUAUUCUGUAAAAUACAGGUUAAAGUUUUGAUUUGUAAUAAAUUGUAAAAAUCUAGAUGUUGGUCAUUCAAA